GGCGGCCGGCCCUUUCCAAUCUCCAGCACGCUACGAAGUCGUGCCCUCGUAGCAAAAAUUCCCAUCUACGAAUUGGGGGAAGUAGGCAGAGAGCAAGAGGAGGCAUCUUUAUCAUCUCCUCGCAGAUCAACAGGAAGGUCGGAUUGCAGGCUCUCCGCUGGGCAAGUUUUCCGCGGCGGCGAUCCAUAAGUAGUAUCGUACUGCUAUUCUCGUUGUUCAGGGUUAUUUUGCCGUAAAAUUGGAGAAAGCUGCGAUUUUUGACCUUAUAUAAUAGGGCUUAUAAGUAUUCUCUUGAGAGGAUAGAGAAUGUCGGUGAAACAGGGUUUAUCUGUGGCAAUGACAACUUCUUUUGAUCCCUGGACAAGGGAUUUUAAUGAAGCUUCAAAGCUCUUUGAUGAUAUUGCUGAAAUGGUUUCUGAGAUGGGAUCUUUGCCUCCAUCUGGUCCAGACACCCAAUGUCAUUUAAGUACAAUAAGGAGAAAGAGAACAAUUCUUAAGAAUAGGCUUGAGAGCUUGGAGUCUCUUCUUCCAAAGUAUCUUAGUGACCAGUCAAUUAAGGACUUUGAGAUAAAUAAACACCAUGAUUUACUGUCAAAUCUUAAAUCUAAAGCAAACCAGAUGUCAAGUACAAUAGACAUGCCAAACUUCGCUAACAGGGAAGAAUUAUUAGGACACAACAAAAGGUCUGUAGAAAUUAUAAGCAUAACUCCUGCGUUGGAUAAUCAGGGUAUCGUUAGCUUACAGAGGCAGACCAUGAAAGAGCAAGAUGAGGGGCUUGAAAAGUUGGGAGAGACAUUGUUAAAUACCAAACAUAUUGCAUUGUCUAUUAAUGAAGAAUUAGAUCUGCAUACAAGACUAAUUGAUGAUUUGGACGACCAUGUUGAGAUAACAGAUUCGACGCUACAGAGGGUGCAGAAGACGUUGUCAAUCCUCAACAAACGCACAAAAGGUAGCUGUUCCUGCAGGUGGUUUCUUCUCUCAGUCGUGACGAUCGUGAUCUUGAUCGUCUUAGUUUAUACUCUUAUCAAAUUCUUGUAACUUGGGAUCAAACGGUAUUACUCGUCACCAGCAUUUGUAUCAUAUAUAUUUACAGCAGAAAGGUUCAUGUAGCCUAAUCUUUAAUCGUCAUGGCACACUGCCUUAUAGUGGUCUAUAUAUCAUCUAGUCCAUUAUAAACAACUAUCAGAGAUUUUUGUU